GCGCCAUAUAUAUACACACAAACAACGUACAAGACUCAACCACUCCCUCUUUUAUAUACCUUGGCACUACCAAGCCAGCCCCUGUAAACAACCAAAGCCAAAAGAGGCGGCUUGCCCGGCCUGCCCGUCGCCUUGGCCCUUGGUGCCGCGCGCCAUGGCCGGCACCAAGAGCAAAUCGUCCACCAAGGCCGGCUCGCCGCUCCUCGGCAAGUACGAGCUCGGCCACCUCCUCGGCCGGGGCAACUUCGCCAAGGUAUACCACGCGCGCUGCCUCGCCGGUGGCGACCCCGUGGCCGUGAAGGUGCUGGACAAGCCGGAGCUGUCCGCCACGGGCAUGGCGGCGCGGCUCCUGCGCGAGGUCUCCGCCAUGCGGCGCCUGAGCCACCCCAACGUGCUCCGCCUCCACGAGGUGCUGGCCACGCGGUCCAAGGUGUACCUCGUCAUGGAGCUGGCCCCGGGCGGGGACCUACUGUCCCGCCUCGCCUCCCUGCCGUCGCGGAGGCUCCCCGAGCACGCGGCGCGGCGCGUGUUCCUGCAGCUGGCGUCGGCGCUCAUCUACAGCCACGCGCGCGGGGUGUUCCACCGCGACGUGAAGCCGCAGAACGUGCUCCUGGACGCCGACGGCAACCUCAAGGUGUCCGACUUCGGCCUCGCCGCGCUCCCGGACUCGCUCCGCGACGACGGCCACCUGCACACGGCGUGCGGCACCCCGGCGUUCGCGGCGCCCGAGGUGCUCCGCCGCAAGGCCUACGACGGCGCCAAGGCCGACGCGUGGUCCUGCGGCGUCAUCCUCUUCGUCCUCCUCGCGGGCCACCUCCCCUUCGACGACGCCAACAUCGCCGACAUGUGCCGCAAGGCGCACCGCCGGGAGUACACGGUGCCACGCUGGGUGUCGCAGCCGGCGCGCCGACUCGUGGCGCGCCUGCUGGACCCGAACCCGGCGACGCGCCUCGCCGUCGCGGAGCUGGCCAGCCACCCCUGGUUCAAGCGCUCGCUCAGCGUGGACUCCCAGCUCGGGGGCCUGCUGGGCGGCCAGGCGGAGCGCGAGCUGGCGUUCCAGGCCCCGCCGGCGCUCAACGCCUUCGACAUCAUCUCCAUGUCCCCCGGGCUCGACCUGUCGGGGCUGUUCGGCGAGAGCAGGCGCAGCCGCGAGAAGCGGUUCAUGACCACGGCGUCGCCCGAGCAGACGGUGGAGCGGCUCGGGCACGCCGGCGCCAAGCUCGGCUACUUCAUGGUGGGGAAGAAGGGAGUGGAGCGCCUGCCGCUGGGCGGCCUGUCGGGUCUCGUGGCCAUGUCCAUGGAGAUGUCGGAGGUGUCGCACGAGCUGAUGCUAGUGGAGCUGAGGCUGGAGGGCGGCGACGGCGACGAGGCCGAUGCGUUCGGGUGGGAGGAGCUCCGGGUGGAGCUGGGCGACGUCGUGACAGCAUGGCACGUGUGCGAAGAAGCCGCGCGGCCCAGGAGCGGGGCGGGCUCCCGGGGAGGCGGCGCGCUCGGGUGCAAGUGCCUCUUCGGGCUCGGGGUGCCGGAGCUCGCCGUCAUCGCCGGCGUCGCCGCGCUCGUGUUCGGGCCCAAGCAGCUCCCCGAGAUCGGCCGCAGCAUCGGAAAGACCGUCAAGAGCUUCCAGCAGGCGGCUAAGGAGUUUGAGUCUGAACUGAAGAAAGAGCCUGGGGAAGGGGACGAUCAACCCCCACCUGCGACCCCCGCGGCGGUAAGUGGUGGGGAGGAGAAGAAGGGGCUUGAGGCAUCAAGCAGCAAGGAGAGCACGUGAGGAUCCAUCAAGUGUUGUGAGUUAGUGCUGUUUAUGUAAAACUGUAUUCUGGACUUCUGGAGUUAGCAUCAAAUUCCUGUCCUUUUAUUUUGACAACCUCACGGUUUCAGGCCAUUGUAGCAAUAUUGUUUCUAGUUUGUACCCGGGAAUAUGAAUAACACCUUGCUGUGUUCAGUUAUGAGGCUGUUAUAUAUUAUUUUUCUCUCUUCUUAAACAA